CCGGCAGCGCCCGGCCACCGACAGCGGCGACUGCUUGCGCUCGACAGUACGACGCCACAAGACACAGCGAGACACACGGAGAUGGCGGCUGCUACGGCAACCAGAGUCGCUGCUGCGACAACGGCACUUGUGCUGCUCCUAAGCUGUGCAGCAGCUGCGCAGGAGCUGGUCGAGGACAUGCAGAUGGUGUCGUCGGGUCAGCGAGAGCACUACGUGCACAAGGACGGCGGCGACCACGGCACCGUCGGAUACCUGCGCACCAAAGACAGCCGCGGCGACGACGGCUACAAGAAGUUCGACAGCUUCCACAAGAAGGACGGCGACUCGUACGGCUACGAGCACCACACGUCGUACGGCAAGGCGGGCGGCGGGGAGUCGGGCGGCUCGCACGGCGACAGCGGCUCCUACAGCCAGGGUGACCACCACGGCGCCGGAUCGGAGCACUACCUGCGCGCCAUCGACGGCGGCGAUUCGUACGACCACGGCGGCGAGCACUACGAGACCCUCGGCGGCGACUACGGCGGCGGCCACUCGGCCCACUACAGCAGCGGCGGCGGCAGCGAGGGUCACUACGGCGGCGCCGGUCACUACGAGUCCGGCGGUGACGGCGACGGCGGCCACCACUACAGCGAGCACUACUACUCGAGCGGUGACGACGGCGGUCACUACACAGGCGGAGAAGGCGGCCACUACACAGGCGGAGAAGGCGGCCACUACUGAGCGUCGCUAGCGAUCUGCGACGCCUCACGCCACCUACCGCCAUCUACCGGCGCCACGCAGUACUACUCCACGCCGAGUGUUUCUCUAAAUAACCUCGCGGGGCAGUGGACUUUCCUGUAACUUAUACAGCAGCCAACUCACUAGGAAAGCACUUUUAAAAUAUGGUUCAAACGAGAAUCAACGGCUUUUGUCACAGCAUGCUAGUUGUGACGCAGUAAAACACUCUAAGCUCUUAGAGACGCUGUUCUCCAAGUUUACUAACAAAUUCGGACUUGUUCAGCUGUGUGCAAUUUUUAAAGCUAACUACACGCGCUACUACAGAACCAGAAUGUGGCAUACGAUCUCAGCUUAAGAAAACACAAAACCACCCCAUCUUCCUCUCUGUUCGGUCAAUUAAGCUCCAUAUUAAAUUUAUCACAAGCAUUCUAUUCUCUUCUUUUUGAAUGUCUAGUUUCAGAAUGGGCUAUUCUCUUCGUGGUCUACAGUCUCGUUCUGAUAUUUAUGUAAGUGAAUUUGCAUAACACCAAAGCUUGGAUCUCGUCCAAAUCCCUCCGAAUGCUGGCAGCUGACUACAUUUUCUCGUUAUUUAUCUUGUGCUCUAGUCCCUGAUUUACACAAACUGAACGAAUUAAUGCGUUUCAUCGAAAAUGUUACACCAGAGUGGCCCCACAAAUCUAGCUUCACUUCUUGCAGUACUGAAGCAACUUUCAAAUUUAGUUGACGUUUCUGGAGUAGUAUUUACGUACUGUCUCUUAACGAUAAUGUUGUUUGUUAUUAAAUUGUUAUCUGUUACUAAUAAACUUUAAAAAUAAGA